GUUCUGGCUCACGGAUUCAGGCUGCGGUGCGCCUACGUAGACCACUGUUUAGGGAGGUCGGCUGCACUUGUUGAAGUUGCGGAGAACAAGAGAAUGGACCCGGUCACGGCACUUUGCUUGUUUGCCCUAGUGGCGUUGUUAGCCAUCUGGGCAAUUCGAGUCACGAACCCCAAGCGAAAGUACAUCGUGCAAACUCUGGGGAACAUCCCAGGCCCUAUCUCCCUACCGCUGGUAGGAACGGCCUACAGGCUCUUCUUCAUGGACAGGAAAGAUUUCUUCAAACGAGUAACCUCCACCGCUCUUGAAUUUGGUCGCAUUUAUAAAACAUGGACCGGCACUUUCCCUGAAGUGCACUUCCAUGACGCAGAACACAUCGAGGCUAUUCUUCGAAGCUCCGUCAACAUUUCUAAAGGGUUUAUAUACGAUUUCGUAAAACCUUGGCUGGGAACUGGAUUGCUUACGAGUACAGGACAAAAGUGGCAUUCACAUCGCAAACUCAUCACGCCAGCCUUCCACUUCAAAAUUCUGGAGAACUUCCAGAGCGUCUUUGUGGAAAAGAGUCAAAUUCUCGUGGAGAAGUUGGAAAAAGAAGUUGGAAACAAAAAGGGAUUCGAUGUCUACCCUUACAUUACUCGCUGUACUCUUGACAUAAUUUGUGAAACGGCCAUGGGAACGCCCGUUAACGCACAAGACGAAAAAGAUCGUUCACCUUAUGUUGCAGCAAUUUACGACAUUUCCGAACUCGUCGUCAGUCGCUUGAUGCGACCGUGGCUCCACCCCGAGUUCAUCUACUUCAAGACGAAGAACGGCAGGCGGUAUCAAGAGUGCUUGGACAUUCUCCACUCCUUUACGAAGCGGGUAAUUCGUGAGAGGAAAGAAUAUAUGAAAGAAAAUCCAUCUAUUCUCCAGGAAUCAGAUGACUUAGGUCGCAAGCGUCGCGUGGCGUUCCUUGACCUACUGUUGGAAGCUUCCAAGGGAGGUACUGUCCUCAACGACGAGGACAUCCGCGAGGAGGUUGACACCUUCAUGUUCGAGGUACGUACAACUGUACAGAUGAAAGCUCACAUGUUGGCAAUGUUGUGUUGGCUCACAUGUGAACGCGUGUUCGAGGAGCAGGAGGCCAUCUUCCAGGACUCCGACAGGCCCCCUUCCAUGCAGGACCUGGCCGAGAUGAAGUACCUGGAGCGCGUCAUCAAGGAGGCGCUGCGCCUCUACCCCAGCGUGCCGCUCAUCGUGCGGAAGGUCACCGAGGACCUCCAGGCCGGUCAAAAGUUCGCGCUGCUGGAGGAGAAGAGCGUGCUGUCGGCUGUGGUGCGCCGCUUUCGCGUGCGCGCGCUGCAGCGGCCGCAGGACGUGCGCCUCAUGGGCGAGCUCAUCCUGCGCCCCGACGACGGCAUCCGGGUCACGCUGCAGCGCCGC